AUGUCAGCAUCCAAGAUUCCACUCUUCAAAAUGAAGGACCUGAUAUUGUUCCUGUGCCUUCUGAAAAUGAGUUUUGCAGUGCCGGCAUUUCCUCAGGGGCCUGGGACACAGGGUAUGGCACCGCCAGGCAUGGCUAGUUUGAGCCUUGAGACAAUGAGACAGUUGGGAAGUUUGCAAGGAUUAAAUGCACUUUCUCAGUAUUCGAGGUUCGGCUUUGGCAAGGCGCUCAACUCUCUGUGGUUGCAUGGUCUCCUCCCGCCACCGGCCUCCUUCCCAUGGAUGAGACCCGGGGAACAUGAAACUCAGCAGUAUGAAUAUUCUUUGCCUGUGCAUCCCCCACCUCCCCAAUCACAGCCGCCCCUGCAUCCUCCACAGCCAGGGAUGAAGGCCUUCCUGCAGCCCACCGCCCCCACCACCGCCUUCCAGGCCACCGCCCAGAAGGGGGGGCCACGCGGGCCCCUGCACCCGCCGCAGCUGCCCCUGCAGGAUGGAGACCUGCCCGACGCCGUGCAGCAGCAGCAGCAGGGAGGGGUGGCGCCCUCCGAGCCGCCGCCCACCUCCCAGAUGCCACUCAUGGAUUUUGCUGGUCAAGAACUUCCAACGGUGUUCCAUUUGGCCCGUUUGAUAUCUCGGGCACCAAUAGCAGACAAUAAGCCAUCUACACUUUAUCCAGGAAUGUUUUAUAUGUCAUAUGGAACAAAUCAACUGAAUACUCCUGCCCGACUUGGCUUCAUGAGUUCAGAAGAAAUGCCCGGAGCAAGAGGUCCCAUGGCCUACGGAGCUAUGUUCCCAGGAUUUGAAGGCCUGAGGCACACCCUCAGAGGACUAGGCCCCAACACAGCCAAAGGAGGAGACUUUACCCUGGAAUUUGACUCCCCCGUGUCCGUUACCAAAGGAACCAAGGGUCCUGAGAAGGGAGAAGAAGAGCCCCAAGGGUCCCCUCUGCACGAGGGCAAUCCGGAGGGCCCGGCUCUCCUCUCCCACAUAGCGCCUGGCGCGCAUGCAGGGCUCCUGGCCUUCCCCGAUGACAACAUUCCCAGCUUGGCAAGGGGUCCCGCUGGGCAAAGGCAGGAAUCCCCAGGGGUCACCCCAGCCACCGAUGAUCUACUGAUGACCCCUGAAUUGGCUGGAGUUUAUGACGCCUACGGAGGUGAUGUGACCACCCCCCUGGGUGAGGGAGAGGCUACCAUAGAUACCACAAUGUCCCCAGACAUUCAGGAAACACGGGUCCCCGGAAACAAAAUGCACCACCCCCAGAUGGUACAUGAUGCAUGGCGUUUCCAAGAGCCCUGA